CCAGCAUUCACCUCUGUUUCCUGUCAUGGAGGUGACAGAUGACAGCUGAGAGGUGCCUGCCCUCCUACGCCCCUCCUCCAUGAUGAACUGACUGUACUCUCCAAACCUGGUCAAUCCAGAGCUUCAUGCUGAAAGCCCUUUGCAGGUGCACAGGAAGAUGGCUCACACCCGGAUCUCCAUGUACCUGCCUCCCGACAUUGACCCCACAAAGGCUGCCACUGCUUAUGGCUGUCGGGCUCUGCCCAAGCUGAACGAGGAGCUGCAGGUAGAGGACCUGAGGACAAGGCAGAAAGCCCUGGUGGCCCUGUGUGACCUCAUGCAUGACCCUGACUACGUCUACGAGGCCAUCAACAUAGGCUGCCUGAGGAGCCUGAAGGCUUUGCUGAGGGACAGUGACGACUUGGUGCGGAUAAAGACCACCGAGGUGCUCUCCAUCAUGGCAACCCACAACGUGGGCAGAGUUGGCUUCUUAGAGAACGACAUCAUCCCCGCGCUGUCUAUGCUGCUGAACGACCUGGUGACGGCGUGCCGCGAGAACCUGCACCAGGCCUACCAGCACCUGGCCCAGCUGCCUGAAGGUAGGCGCCACCGUGACCUGCCUCCGCGGCGCUUCGUGCGCGCAGUUUACUCCUCUGGCCCGUGUGUGCGCCUGCGCGCCACACAUCGCUCCCCAGGGGGCGCAGGGAUCUGGCGUUUGUUCGUUUGCAGUGGCAGAAAGGCCCCGGUGCACCCGUUCUCUCCCUCUCCCGCUCUCUCUCCCUGUCUCUCUGUCUGUCUCUGCCUCUUUCUCUCUCAAAACUAAAAUAAAUGUAACAUAGAUGUUUCACCAAAGUUGGGAGCAGAGCUCACAGGUAGGGUGCACGGUGAGCAUGCCCAAAAUCCUGGUUUCUAUCCCAGACAUCCUCCUCUAAAAAUUGCACGUAAAUGAACAUUUUGUUAUCUUGUAAUAAAAUGAGCAUGUCAUGUAACAACCACCCAGGUCAAGAAACAUGCAGCAUCCCCCCAGACACAAAAUGGCCUGGAAAUCCAAAACCUCAUAGUGCCUGACACUACCUACACAAGACCAUCAUAAUAGGCAGAAAAGAUCAUGACAUCAAAAUAAAAGAGACUGAGAU